AUGCCAGCCCCUUUGAAGAGAUAUCUUUGCUAUGCGCCUUACUUUCCGGAUGCCUUACCACGACGGGAGGAAGCUUCGGCGGCACACAAGACGCUUGUGGCCGAGCGUGCUAGUAAGGGAAUUAUGACCCUGGGUGGUGCGCUGCUCGAUGAGGAGGGCAACGUCAUCGGCAACUGCUUGUCGGUGUCCGCUCCGAGUCUUGAGGAAGCUAAAAAGCUGCUUGAGCAGGACCCGUAUUUCACCAACAAAGUGUGGGAUCCAAGCCAGAUGAAGGUCACGGAGUGGAGGCAGGCGAAGCUCAUCUAA